AUGAGCCGACGUAAGCGAGCGAAAGUUGAAUACAGAGAGAUGGAGGAAAAAUACAACCAAGUUGAGGAUGAAAAUGCAUCGGAUACUUCUGAUAAGUCCAAGACGGGACUGGGGACACCGGAGAAGAAGAGCUUCAACGAGGCUCCAAAAGUUGUUGAGCCGGUUCCAGCUCCAGCUGCUGCUCCGGUCCAACCUGCUCUGAAAGUCGACCUGACAUCGACGGAAGCUGUUUGCUUCCCGGAUGUCUCUGCAGGACCUCCGCAGACUCAGAAAGUCUUUUUGCACAUCAGAAAUCGCUUGCUUCAACUGUGGCUGGAGAAUCCUAAGCAGCAGUUGGUGAUCGAGAACGCUCUUCCAGCAAUAGAAGCGCCUUAUAACAGUGAUCCAGUGCUGACUCGUCGCAUCCAUGCGUUCCUGGAGAGACACGGUUUCAUUAAUUUUGGAGUUUUCAAGAGAUUGAAGCCGAUUCCUGAGAAAAAGAUCGGAAAGGUUGUAAUCAUUGGUGCUGGGAUUGCUGGACUGGCUGCUGCGCAGCAGAUGCAACAAUUUGGAAUUGAAGUUAUUGUUCUGGAGGCUAGGGAUCGUGUGGGAGGAAGGAUUGCUACAUUUCGUAAAGGAUCUUACAUCGCUGAUCUUGGAGCCAUGGUCGUUACUGGACUAGGUGGUAAUCCUGUGACCACUCUCAGCAAGCAAUUUAGUAUGGAGUUGCAUAAAAUAAGGCAAAAGUGUCCUUUAUAUGAGAGUGAUGGUCAAACGCCGGUGUCAUUAGGACAGGCUCUAGAGUGGGUAAUUAGAUUACAAGAGCAAGGAGUUAAACAACGUCAAGUAUCUCAUUUACGUUCGGUUUUGUCUCUGCAAGGCAGACUCCUCGCUAAUCAACAACGGAUGAUUUCCAUCAAAGAAAGACUCGCUGAGCUCAACAAACACCACAGAGAAAUGUCUGAGCGCAAGCCUCAAGUGCAUGACAUUACCCACGAGUUUGUGCUUCGCUCUAAAAUGCGCGACCUGCAUUACGCUUGCAAGCGUUCCGCUAAUCGAGGAGCGUAA